AUGGCCACUCACUUGUUCCUCCUGGGCCUUUUCCUGCUGCUGCCACCACCUAUCCCUGCUCCCUGCUACACUGCCCCUCGGUCGGAAUGCAAGGAGAAGCGCAAGUUUGUGCCAGGGGCAUGGUUGGCUGGGGAAGGUGUGGAUGUGACCACCCUCCGCCGCUCCGGCUCCUUCCCAGUGAACACAAUGAAUUUCCUGAGGCCUGACCGCACUUGUACUCUCUGUAAAAAUGCCCUGCAAAAAGAUGCUAUACAACGCCUGCCUCUGGCCAUUGCCCACUGGCGGCCUCACAGCUCAGGCUGCCAGCGUAAAGUGGCCACAGCCAAAGUCAGCUCGACGGAGGGUGUGGCCCGGGAUGCAGCUGCUAACAUCAAUAAUGACUGGCGUGUGGGGCUGGAUGUGAACCCCAAGCCCGAGGCAAGCAUGCGCGUGUCCAUGGCUGGCUCCCACUCCCAGGUAGCCAACUUUGCAACCGAGAAGACCCAUCAGGACCAGUACAGCUUUAAUUCUGACACAGUGGAGUGUCACCUGUACAGUUUUCGCCUGGUCCAAAAACCCCCACUGCACCCCGAUUUCAGAAGAGCAAUCAGGAGGCUUCCCCCCAACUUCAACACCUCCACGAAGGAUGCUUAUGACAGGCUCAUCUCGUCCUACGGUACCCACUUUAUUAUGGCUAUGAACCUAGGGGGCCGUGUCUCCGUCCUCACAGCCCUGCGCACAUGUCAGCUGUCCCUGGAAGGGCUCACCGCUGACGAGGUAGGAGACUGCCUGAACGUGGAGGCCCAGGUCAGCAUUGGUGCCCAGGCCAGUGCCUCCAGUGAGUACAAAGCCUGCGAGGAGAAGAAGAAACAGCACAAGAUGACCACCUCUUUCCACCAGGCCUACCGAGAGCGUCAAGUCGAUGUGGUCGGCGGCCACCUCGAUUCCACGCAAGACCUGCUCUUCGGGAACCAGGCUACCCCCGAGCAGUUCUCAGCCUGGAUAACCUCGCUGGUCAGCAGCCCUGGGCUGGUGGAUUACAGCCUGGAGCCCCUGCAUGUGCUGGUGGAAGAUGUGGACCCGAGGCGGGAGGCACUGAGACAGGCUAUCAGCCAUUAUGUGGUAGGCAGGGCUCGUUGGCAGAACUGUAACCGACCCUGUAGGGUAGGCCAGCAUAGGAACACACGGGACUCAUGCCAAUGCGUAUGCCACAACUCGAAGACCACCAACCAGGACUGCUGUCCACGCCAGAGGGGCUUGGCCCACCUGCUGGUGACCAAUUUCCAGGCAAAGGGUCUGUGGGGAGACUACAUUACAGCCUCUGACGCCUAUGUGAAGGUCUUCUUUGGCGGCCAGGAGCUGAGGACCAGCACAGUGUGGAACAAUAACCACCCCAGGUGGACUGACAAGCUGGACUUUGGGGAUGUGCUCCUGGCCACAGGCGGACCCCUGAGGGUACAGGUCUGGGAUGCUGACAACGGCUGGGACGAUGACCUUCUCGGUUCUUGUGACAGGUCUCCCAAGGCUGGUAACCAUGUGACGACCUGUAACCUGAACCAUGGCAGUAUUACAUUCCACUAUAAAGUCGACUGUUUAAUCCACCUGACUGGACAGACCUGCCUGGAGUAUGCCCCCGUGAGCUACCUAGGAGAUCCUCCAGGAAACCGCAGUGGGGCUGUGUGGUAA